CUGGCCUCGAGCGGCGAGUCGGACGACGGUGGACUCGCUCCGCCACCGCGCAAAAGGUCCCGUAGUUCCAUCCCGACUACCCCACGGCCAGCGGACGAGCACCACACCAACGCAGAAAUGGAGAACUAUCGAGUGAUGCAGCAAGCCUCGAACGGAGGAUCUGUUUCAUCUAGUCUUCAGCAAAAUGGAGGGACAUCAGAUUCUGGUGGACCUCAGACUAAUGGCAAUAUAUCUACAGAAACGGAUACCGAUGUAAAUGGGAUCAAUGGCGAAGCGAGUCCAUCCUUAGGACCUAAAGUCAUGGACAAAACAAACCAAGACAUCGUGCGUCUUAUUGGGCAACAUUUAAAAACAGUUGGUCUUGACCGGACAGCGGAUUUGUUAAUGCAAGAGUCAGGUUGUCGUCUGGACCAUCCAGCUGCCGCGAAAUUUCGACAGCAUGUCAUGGAUGGAGACUGGAAUAAGGCAGACCAUGAUCUCAAUGAACUCAAGUCUUUUCUGAAUGGUGCUAGCCAAAGUCUAGUUGAAAUGAAGUUUUUGUUGUUAGAACAAAAGUAUCUGGAGUACCUUGAAGAAGGUCUUGUAUUGGAAGCAUUACAAGUUCUCAGAAAUGAACUAACACCUUUAGGUCAUAAUACUGGUCGCGUUCAUCAGCUAUCAGCUUUCAUGAUGUGUAGUGAUCGCGAUGAACUGCAGACACGGGCAGGAUGGGACGGCAAAGGUUCAGCUUCAAGGGCUGCUUUGAUGGAUAGGUUGCAAAGGUAUCUUCCUCCUUCUAUCAUGCUACCUCCUCGUCGUCUUCAUUCUCUUCUUUGUCAAGCUGUGGAAAUGCAAAAUCAACAGUGUACAUACCAUGUCACACACUGUCAGACGGGUUUAGAGAGUGCAUCAUUGUUGGUGGACCACAGUUGCAGCAAAGAACAAUUUCCUUGUCAUACCACACAAAUUCUUAAUGAUCACUGUGAUGAAGUAUGGUACUGCAAAUUCUCACCUGACGGUCUUAAACUGGCUACUGGCUCCAAGGACAUGACUGUUAUUAUUUGGGACGUUGAUCCAGAAACGUUAAAAGUGACGCACAGAAAAACGUUAGAAGGACAUACAUAUGGUGUAGCCUUAAUAGCUUGGAGUCCGGAUAGUAGUCACCUUAUAGCCUGCGGACCCGAAGAUUGUCCAGAGUUGUGGCUUUGGAGCAUUGACACUCCAGACUGUGACCUUCGAGUAAAAUUAACACAAAGCACCGAAGAUUCCCUUACGGCCUGCGCCUGGCAUCGCGAUUCUAAUAAAUUCGUUACAGGAGGAAUGCGAGGUCAAUUUUAUCACUGCGAUAUGGACGGUAACGUCUUAGAUUCUUGGGAGGGAGUGCGAGUGAAGGGCCUGUGGUGCAGAAAUGAUGGUAAAACUGUUCUAGCUGCUGAUUCUCAUCAUCGUAUUAGAGCCUACAACUUUGAUGAAUUAUGCGAUUUCACGAUAUUGCAAGAAGAUCAUCCUGUCAUGUCCUUUAGUGUUAACAAGGCAGACCGACAAGCUCUACUUAAUGUUGCUAAUCAAGGAGUGCACCUCUGGGAUUUACAGGAUAGAUGCUUAAUUAGACGUUUUCGGGGAGUAACUCAAGGACACUUCACUAUCCACAGUUGUUUUGGAGGCGUCAAUCAAGAUUUCAUCGCAUCAGGAAGUGAAGAUAAUAAAGUGUACGUAUGGCACAUAAGAAGAGAAUCUCCCAUUGCUACACUCACAGGACACAGUAGAACUGUAAAUUGUGUCUCUUGGAAUCCAGUCUAUCAUCAAAUGAUGGCGUCAGUGUCUGACGAUUGCACAGUGCGGAUAUGGGGUCCACGUUCUGCAUCACCAGAAAGAAGAGAUAAUGCUGUGCCAGAGAGCAAUUCAUCAAAUGGUAGUGGAUGGAAUGAGAUGGUGUCGUAGCAAACUUGUGUUAAUCCAUCCGCCCACAACUCCAUAGUGUUCAAAAGGCUGUCGUGUUGACCGUUUCGCUGACUCUCUUCUGGCCUCGCUUAAGAACACUUCGCAUUACGUGAGUUACCAGCUUCGAAUUGUCGAGCACCCUGUGGCAAAGUUUGAUUCUCAACAAAUUAAUUAUCAAGCGGGAACUGUGUAAUAAGAGUAUAUGCGUGAGUCUUUUUUUCUGUACACCAAUUUGUGAAUUAUUAGUUUAAAAAGAAACGAGAUUAUUGAGAAAGCCAUAGAAGGCGGUGAGAAAAGAAGAUAACCACGAUGAAGAACGACUUUACGAACACUUUCACAAUAGCGAUUAUUUACCGCGAAACUAUUUACUCGCAGUAUUUAGUUUCGCUUAAAACGAUUUAGAAUCCAAACAUCGAUUACAUAGAGUUGACAAACUUGAAAGAGUUUUUGAAAGAAAGAAGAAAAAUAAAGUCAAGAGAAAGUCAUUUUUCCCUCAACAUAUCCUUACGGGAUAAAAGCAAAUUUCCUAGCAAUCAAGAAUUUCAUUUCGUGAAUUUAUCAAAAAUUGGGUUGGUUGUCAACGUAUCUUUAGACGUCAAUGCAGUUAACUGAACAAGAAUUGCUCUCAAUAUCGUCAGUAGUUAUUUGCUCACAAAUUGGAAAACUGAGAAGAAAGAAUCAAGAUUCGCUGGGUUUGCACUUGCGCAUUCCUGAUGAUAAAUAUCAAUUCUCGUGAUAGUCAAGGAACAUUAAUAUAAAUGGACAACAUUUAACAAUUUCUAGCUCGAAAAAGAUAACGCGAAGACUCUAAAGAAAAAUUUUAUUUAUAAUUCAUUAAUCGAGUGAUUUCUUAGUGUAGACACGUUAACAUUGGACAGGCUAAAGAAACGUUAGCUUUAUCUUAUUAACUGCCAAUUUUGUUUUUUCUUUCACAUUAGAGCGUAAUAAUCGUCAUUAUUAAACACACUUUCAUUAUUGUGACUAAUUCCCUCUUUCUCUCUCUAUCUCUCUCUAUCUAAUCUACAAAUCAUUGACUGAUUUGUACUCAUUCAUUUUAAAUCGAAAAGUAUAUAGUAAGAAAAUACAUGCUUUCAUAAAGCGUAACUUAUAAAACAUUCUAAAUCUAUUUGGAAAAAUUAUGAUUUAAUUUGAAAUGAUAGAAAAAUCCAUUGAAAAAUAGGUUUAUUUUUCAAAUUCUUUCGUAUCGAUCAAUGGAAUCAAUUUAAAAAAAAUUCAAUUCAGAUUUAUUAAAUGAUUAAUAAAUAUUAUUUUCAAAUUUUGGCAGAUGGGCAGUUAAUGAACGAAUAUUAUAUUCAUGAGAUAAUCAUUAUGUAAAAGGCUUGUAAUGCGCCGAGAGCAGUAAAAUAUAUGUGUACAGAAGACUUUUCAAUAAAUAAUAUAUGAAAUACA